UUUUCCUUCUACGGGGUUACUCGUUCGAAGGAAAUGUCGAAAUUCUGGACUUCUCCCACUCAAAACCCUGCACUUCUCUUUGAUGACUGAUUUCCUCCUUUAGCAAAAUUCACAAAUUUAGAACAAAACCCUAAAUUCAAAGGAGAGAGAAAACUUAAUUUCCCAAAAAAAUUGGACUCAAAGAUGAAUACUGAGGUCGGUGAAAGUUCUUCAUCUUCAAGGAUUCCAAGCGACAACAAUGGCGAAAAGACAGUCAUAGUUAGGGUUAAGCGCAAGGCUGAUCAAUCUCCUCUUGAUGCUUUCUGGCUUGAAAUUAAUGAGAGAUCUGUGAAGCGUCCAUUGAUCGAUUUUCAGAAGCUAUCUAUCUCUACUUCUUCUACUCAAGAGGACUUGAAGAUCAAAAGGGUAUUGGUUGAACAUGUCGAAACUGUUAGCAGCUCCAAAGCUAGCAUUCCCUUUUUGCAAUCCUUUGUGCAUCAGCAGCAACCUAAUUCUGAUGGAGAUCCCAAGUUUAGAGCUAGCACUAAAGAGCGUAGGCGCAUUCUCCAGAAAGAUAGUAAACAUGACCAGUUAUUGUCCAAAGCAAAGCAAGAACAAGAGGAAAUUGCAAAAUCUGCACGUUUUAAACAAAUCUGGAAGCAUAGAACGUGCAAUCCAGAGGCCAUCCAUGAUGAGGCUUUGGAUGAAGUAUGUCGUGUCUAUGAUGUUCUCCGUGUUGACAAAGAGGAGAGCUCUACAAUGAUGAAAAAGCAGGAAGAAAUCUCUGUGGAAGAUCAGGAGAUGCUCAGUAAAUUUUUGCCGCUCUUGAGGGAUUAUAUUCCUGAUGCUGCAGAAGAGAUUGAAUCUGACAUGUCUUCUCAUCCUUCCAGACAGGAUUUAGCUGAUGAAUAUGUGUACGACCUAUAUGCAGUCAAGGAAAAGAUUGAUGAAACAGAGGCUUCUUAUCCAUUUCCAUUGGUCCAAGUUGAUGAUGAUGAUCAGUAUUAUGACGGUCCUGAUGACUCGGAUCAUGAAUCUGAUGAUUCUAAUGAUGAGAACCAUCCGCGGAAUGACUAUCCGGAAGAAGAGUCUUCAGGUGAUGAGGAUGAGGAAAAAAGCUCAAAAUCUGGGAGUGAAUCAGAAGAGGAGGAAAGUGAAGCAGACAGUGAUACUGAUAUGUGCACAAAGUCAGACGACUCGGUAGGAUAUGACCGAUCAGAAGAUCCACUGUUUGAUGAUGAAACGAGUGAAGAUUAUACCAAUGUUUACUCUGAUGAUGGCAGGGACAGUGAGGAUAGGAAAUGGACAUAUCGUUAAGUUUUCCUUGUAUCAUUGUUUGUAACUAAUCUAUAUGUUAUUCAGACUGUGUUUUCCUUCAAUGCUGGAGUCAAAUUCUUGACACUUUCAUACUCUUUUCUUGGCUAAUUCAUGACACGUACCCCGUGUUCGAUAUGAGUAUGAGAGUUGAGUAACAUAGUCUAAUUGUAUUUGCAAGAGAUUUAGCUGUAGUAGAUGAAUGAUGUACUUGUCACUUGUAAAAAUGGUUGUGGUGAAGUUGCUGGAUUCUAAUGCUAAUUGGUAGAAGAAGUCGAAGAUCAAUUUUUUCAA